AUGAAGACAUCAAGUACCAUUUUUCAGGAGAAGCAUCAUAAUCAUAGUUGUGGCAAAAGGGUGAGAUGUCUCAACAACUUAGGGAAGGGGAUGCCUUUUGUUUUGACCCCUUUGUUGGUGGCCACCAUUUUCAGUUUGAUUUUCCUCUAUGCUCCUAACCCUUUGACCCUCACACCCCAUCGAGGCCAUGACAUUUUUGAAAAUCGCUCUCAAAUGCAACAACAAGAACAAGAACAAGAACAACAUGGCAUCACAACAAAGGUGACAUCAUCCAAAUCACAAAAGGAACAGAAAACAUGUGACCUGUUUAAGGGUCAUUGGAUUCCAGCUUUGGGAGGGUCAUCAUCUUAUUACACAAAUUCAAGCUGCACCACAAUCCCUGAUAGCAAAAAUUGUUUCAUGCAAGGAAGAAAGGACACUGAUUUUCUCCAUUGGAAAUGGAAGCCUCAGCAAUGUGAGCUUCCAAGGUUUGACCCCACAACCUUCCUCAACAUCGUUAGUGGCAAGAAAAUGGCUUUCAUUGGCGAUUCUGUGGCCAGGAACCACAUGGAUUCCCUUCUCUGCCUCUUGUCUCAGGAAGAAAUUCCAAAGAAUAUAUAUAAGGACUCAGAAGAGAGGUUCGUCAAAUGGUAUUUUCCUAAGCAUGACUUCACUCUAAUGAUGUUAUGGAGCAGAUUCCUCAUAGUAGGUGAAGAAAGAAUGGUAAACGGUACAGGGUCAAGCAUUUUUGACAUGCACGUAGACAAGGUUGAUGAAGAUUGGGCUAAAGAGCUUCCAAACUUGGACUAUGCAAUAAUCUCAGAUGGGCAUUGGUUUUUUAGAUUGAUGUAUCUUCAUGAAGCUGAAAAGCUAGUAGGGUGUGUGUAUUGCAAGGAACCAAAUAUCACAGAUUACAACAUAGAUUACCCUUUUAGAUUGGCAUUUAGAACUGCAUUUAGAUACAUCAAUAGUUGCAAGGAGUGUAGAAAAAUGCUAAUAAUGUUGAGGACAUUUGCACCAGCUCACUUUGAGAAUGGAGUUUGGAAUAAUGGUGGUUAUUGCAAUAGGACAGGUCCUAUGAGUGAAGGGGAGGUUGAUUUUGGAAGGUUUGAAUGGCAAUUGAGGAAUGUUCAAAUGGAAGAGUUUGAGAGAGCAAGAAAUGAAGGCACGAAGGAAGGUCAAAGAUUUGAGGUAGUGGAUGUAACAAAAGCCAUGUUGAUGAGACCAGAUGGGCACCCUGGAGAGCAUUGGGGCAACAAGUGGAUGAGAGGGUUUAAUGAUUGUACUCAUUGGUGUUUGCCUGGUCCUAUUGAUAUGUGGAGUGAGUUAUUGCUUGCUGUUCUCAAAAGGGAGGCUCAAAUAACAUGA